AUGUCGUGUGAACUCUCCCCGUCUGCGGCUGCCUUCGGCACCAUGCUCAGCGCUUUUAUCGGCUCUGUCGUCAACGGUCUCUGCUCUGGGGCAUUGAUCGCCUUCAUUACUGGGUGGAUCUCCUGGCUUUCCGUCAUCCGCAUAUUGAUUGCUGGCGCCUACGAGCUGUACUUGACCAUCAAAGCCGGCACAAACUUCGACGCAGUCAACACAGAGUACAAGAACAUUCCAUUGAGCGCGGUUGGAGAAGAAGAAGGAGGAAGAGGAGAAAGCACGGCCUUGAACAACACCGCAGAGUCCCAGACAAAUCUACCAUCCAGCAAACCAUCACAUUCCAGCUCAUCCUCAAAGCUCCCCAUGCUCGGCAAGGUAGACCAGUCUGUAGGGGUAUUCGGCUGGCUAGGUUGGACAUGGAGCGCCGUCUACACCCCCAUCUCGCAGACGAUCUGGGUCUGCGUGCACCUCACCUCAGCCAGCUCAGGGAUAAACCAGUGCGUGCGCGCCCUCGCAAUAGGUGUGUCCGCGCUGAGUCUAACUUUCGACUACAAGGCUCGCUACGGCGCUGUGCUCGGUCGGAAAUGGGGAGCGUGGGCAUUCGUAGCGUUCAACGCGUGGAAUGCGGGGGCGUGUCUGCUGCUCGGCCUCGAGGCUCUUGUGCUGCUCAUACACGGUGCGACUCGGAUUGAGAAUAUGCCUAUACCGUUGGUUGUUAUAUAUCCUAUUUUUUGCAUCAUCUGGGCUGCGGUCAGCUGGCGGUUCUUGCCGCCGAUCGAUGGCGGGAGACCGAGUAACGUCAUUGCGGGCGUGCUGAUGGGCGCAUUUGCGGGAUUGUUUGUUGCGGGACCGGCAUUUGCGCUGUGGCGAAAUGCUGAGUUCGAUCGGGAGGUUGCAAAGAUGAUGGGUCAGAGCGCAUCUAAAGGGUUGGGCCUGGGCGACUUUUUGGCAUGCGAGAGUGCGAGUGUUUGGGCGAAGUUUGCUGCAGUUAUGCCAUAG